CCCAGACUGGUCCACAAGGAAGUUGUUAAACAAAGCUCCUGACCAAUAAUACUGCAGGAUCAACGCCAGUGGCUCGCAGGCCGUCCAAUGGGUGGAGACGUUGGAGUUGCGCGGCGAACUUCGGCUUCCUGAGGCGUGGUGGGCGUGAUCACUAGAGGAGUUUAGACCAGCUAAUUGAAGAAUUGGUAGUGGCUGUGGCGAUGUCUCUCUCUAAAGCUGGAUUCUGUUCGCGGACACGGGAAGCCAGCCCCUUGGAACACAGGAAGUGGGUGGAAGUAUUUAAAGCCUGCGAUGCAGAUAAUAAAGGCUACCUAAGCAGAGAGGACUUUAAGAUUGCUAUCGUAAUGCUGUUUGGUUACAAGCCCUCCAAGAUAGAAGCAGAUUCUUUGAUGUCUUCAAUAAAUCCCAACACUUCUGGCAUAGUACUCGGGGAAUUUUUAAAUAUUGUAAGGAAAAAGAAGGAAGCUCAACUAUAUCGGAAUGAGAUAAGACACAUUUUCACAGCUUUUGAUGUGCACUAUCGUGGCUACUUAACUUUGGAAGAUUUCAAAAAAGCAUUCAAGCAGGUGGCUCCCAGAUUACCAGGAAGGACUGUUCUUGAGGUAUUCAGGAGUACCUUUGUGCGGCAUGAUGAAAAUAUGGUGGAUGCUGCUGCCGAGCGGCAUCCAGCUAAAAGGCAGGCUUGUGAAAACAUCACAGUGCAUCCUCAUCCAUAUCACACACCGGAUCUGGCACCGCAUGGUUUCUGGCUCUUCCUCAACAUCACAAUGACCAUGAAGCAUAAAUGCUUUGAAUUGAUUCAGGACGUAGAGGCAGCCACAUUGGCCAACUAAAGACACUCAGGAAUGAGGACUUAGAGAACUGCUUCAGAGAGCAGCAAGAACAUAGGGGAAGUGUGUUCAAAGCAAGGGGAGUAUCUUGAAGGAAAUAACAGCACUGCAUCUUUUGCUGUAGUAAAUUUAAAAAAUUUAAACACACAAUAGUUUUUGGUUAUAACUUGUGUAACACGUGAUUGAUUUAACGCCUGUUUCUUUACAUGGUUAAAAGAAUUCGUUGACUGUCACAACUGGAACAUUCACAAGUGUGAUUGAUUCUGGGUGUAGCUCCAUCAAGCCUCUGGUUUAUAUUUCUGGUUUUCUUUCAGCCUUGCGUUUGCCCUGUGUCAUUGUUGUCUUGGGCAAACUCAUCCCUUAUGUUGUCAAACUGACUGCAGCAGUUCUAGGCCUCAUACCCACAAUCUCACAAGCUUGAGCUGAGAGUGUGGCUCUGCUUAGGGGGUCAGAAGUUCUGGAUUUCUCUGUAAAGUGUGGAUAUCACCUCUGAACCUGAUGAGGGUCACGAGUGCCUGAUAACCCAAAACCUAGUCACCGAGAGCAGAGGGGAUGGCAUCCUACCGAAAGGCAGAGCGUAUCUCUCGAGCCUUGGGUGGAAUCAUUCCUUCCCAUAUCACAGGGUGCUGGAAGCCAAGAAUGAGUCUAGGAACCUACAGAUGCUGGCAGAAUAGAGGGAUUCAUAGUUUAAGCCUUUAUGUCUGUUCACAUAAUGUUAAAGCAAAUAGGUCUCAGCAAAUAAAUGGGGAAGAUGUUGGUUUUAGGUUGGAUGGUGGAGCCAUUCGGAAGUCCCUGACACUUGUGAUCCCCACCAGCCUCGCCCUUGCUACUCAUUCAUACAGUUCCUAGUAUUACUUCCUUGCCAUAUUAUUUUUCUCUUUGACACAUUCUGUACCAAACGGAGUGUGUUUGAACCUGAGAGUUUUUGAUAGCUAGAUGCAGAUCCUACUUGUUUAGGAAAAUUAUGCUUUAUCUAGACCUACUCAUUUAAAUAAAUUAAACAGUUCUUCAUUGGACAUACUAAUUUUAGAAACUGAAGUUUAGCAGAAGGGGAAGAAGAUGCAAAUAAGUAUAAUUGGUUAAUGAAAGGUUUGAGGAUCUUUCACUCUCUAUAUAGCUUAUCUAAAUUAAAGAAAAUGUAAACUUCAAAUAAAUGAAUUUUUCAAUUUUAAAAAUACUAAUAGUUUUAUUUGUUUAAAUAAUGCAGGGCUGUAUUUAGUUCUUCAGAAGUAUUUCCGAAUCAGGCAGAAUACACAUAUUUAGAAAUUGUAAUCCUAGGUCCUUUCUUCUCAGUCAGCUAUAUUCAUUAGUAUGCACAGAAAUAUUAACAUAAAUAUGAGCAUAUGCAUCCUCAUCAAUCAUGUGCAGGGUGCUUUCUAGUUGCUGAGGAUACAGAAAAAUAGAACACACAUUUCCUUUACUCAGUGAACAACAUAUGAUCUGUUAGGGAAGAAAAGCAAAUACAUGGGAAAUAAAUAGUAGUGAGUUUAUUCACUGCCUAGUGCUGGCAGAUGAGACAACAAUAAGGGGCUUAGAACAGGCAACAGUUGCUGGGGUGAGGGAAGGGGUCUGCAGAGGACAGAAGAGGCCCAAGAAGGGAGCAUCCUCGGUGGUCAAGCAAGUUUGCUUUUGCACUGCUAUUUUAUUCUAUUUUCCUUAAAGUUGUUAUUAUUGUAUGAUGCUUAAUUCACAUAAGCAUUCCUUUUUUGAGGGGGUAGGGUACUGGGGAUUGAACUCACGAACUCACACUUGCCAGGCAGACGCUUAUGCCGCUGAGCUAAAUCCCCAGCCCCUGUUGCUUAAUUCACCAAGAAUUUUUAUUGCAUAAUAGUUUCCACAAGACAUUGACCAUAUAGAUCAUUUCUGAUCAUUUGUGUAUUUUCCAAAAUUUCUGUAGUGACUCCCUAGUAUCCUUUCAUAAUUAUUUUUAUAUUGAUAGGACGAUUAAUAUGAUUCUAAACUUCUUUUAUUAUGUUAAAGAAAAUAGUCCCAAAACUAAUUAGAAAAUAAAUUGUGUCACCUGUUACAUUCCUUAAGGAAAAAAGAUUGGAGCUGUUUCUUAUCUAUAGUGACUAAUGCUGUUCCAUUACUCAGUCACUAUUUUGUAGCGUGAUUGGCCUGACACAUUCAGACAUGAGACUUUUUGAAAACUUAAUCUAUAAUCUAUGGGAGUUGGAAGACUUCUUGGCUGGCUUGAUUUAACAUCAGUUGUUGGACUGCUCUCAGUUUAAUAAAUUUAGAAUUAAACCUAAAGUUUUUCAUUUUGUGUUAUUUCUUCCCUUUUAGUCAUUUCCUGUCCUUUAUUCUUCUUAUUUUUCCACCAUGUCUGUGAGCUCCCUCAUUUGGAUAUAACUUCUUUUUGGACAGGAAUCAGUGAGUCUCUGGAGCUUUAGAUAGCACCUGGCACAUGGAAGAUGCUCAAAAAAUGCUCAAAAUGAAUGAAAACAUCUCACACAUAAAUGGAAAGAAAUAACGCAUAGGAGAUUAGAUCCAAGAAUGUAUGUAUGAUUUAAUUUUCACAUGUGGUUUUGCACAGUC